AUGUCGAAAAAUCUUAUUUCUGAAUUAAAUCAACUUCAAUUACAAUUAGCAACAAUUCAAGAACAACAACGCUUACAAAAAUUUAUGAUCAAACAAUUUCAAGAACAAUUGAAAUCCUAUCAACAAAAACAAGAAAUCAUAUCACCAUGUCCAUCUGAGCAAGAAGAAGAAAAUGAAAUAGAAAAUAGUUCACCACUAGAUUUAUCAUCAAAAUCUGAUGAAGAACAUUCAACAUCAUUAAUUGAAUUUCAAAUGGAAUCACAUGAAGGUGAACCAGAAAAUCCUAAUAUGUCUAAACUUAAAGAUAUGAUUGAUAAACUUGAACGAACAACAAAUAAAAGUGAUUCAAAUGAAUGUGUUGUUUGUAAACGUAUAUUAUCAUGUCAUAGUGCACUUAAAAUGCACUAUCGUACACAUACAGGUGAACGUCCAUUUCAAUGUCGAAUAUGUUCAAGAUCAUUUUCAACGAAAGGAAAUCUUAAAACACAUAUGAAUAUUCAUCGUUUCAGUGGUAAUAAUUCUAUAACAGAAGAAACAUCUGGUGAUGAAUCACAGAAUGAUGAAAAAGAUGAAGAAGAAAAUCAUCAUCAAUUAUUUAAUGUUUCACAAUUUUCAUUAUUGAAUCCGCAAUUUUUUCCAUUUUUAGCAGCAGCUGCAUCAUUAAAUCAAAAGAAAUCUUUGAAUUUAUCCAUAUUAGAUGAACAAAAAGAUAAUAAAAUAGUUUCCGAAGAUAUAAAUCAAACACGACGUUCAAUAUCAACAUCUCAACAUAUGUGUAAUAUUUGUUCGAAAAAUUUUUCAUCAGCUUCAGCUUUACAAAUUCAUAAUCGAACACAUACAGGAGAAAAACCGUACAAAUGUGAUGUUUGUGGUCGAGCAUUUACAACAAAAGGCAACUUAAAAGUUCAUACAGGUACACAUAUGUAUAAUACAACACCUGUAACAACAGUUAAUCAAAAUGGAAAAAUACGUCAACAACAUCGACGUUAUUAUUGUCAUCCAUAUUCAACAAUUAAAAGUGAAUCUUAA